AUGGAGCUGUGCAACAUAUCAGGCGGCCGCCUACCGCUUUUAAUGAUGCUGCUGCUGCCAAUCCUCUGCUUAUGUCAAGGCACAUCAACGCUUCAUCGACAGGCGGAUGCACAAGAUUUGGCGGCCGCACAGCUGGCGGAUGUGGAGGCUGAGGCCCAGACAGACGUCGACGCGGAUCCAGAUGCACCGCAUAUACGCAAGAAGCGUCUGAUUUGGAUUACGGACGACGGACGGCUGGCACUGCCGCCGGGCACCUCACUGACAUUCACGCCGACGAUUGCCAUGCCACUGGUGCGGCAUCCACCUGAGGGCUUCUUCUCCAACCUGACCAUCAGUUUCCCAGUCACAAUUGACUUUGACAAGCUGGGGCUGACAGAUAAUCAGAAUCCCUUGGGAGAUCUGCCGCCACUGUUUUCUCGCUCCUUUGGUCACGAGGCGGGGCACAUGGUAGGCGAAUAUGUGGCAAGGUAUCUCCACGUGCAACGCCGCAAGCGGGAUCUCAGCGAGCAGCGCAGCCGGAGCGAGGACUCACAAUUCAGGGUGCACGACGAGGGGCCAACGUUCCCGGAUCUGCCCGCUGGAAUGCAGCAUAUCUUCCACGGCGGAGAAAGGGUGCUCCUCUAUGGAGUGGUGGAGGAUUUUCUAUCCACAUUUGGCAUGGAUGGAAAGGCGUGUCUUCUGCGCACCAUCUGCGAGAUGCAUUCCCGUAGUUUGGAGAAGUUCGGAGUCUUCGGAGAGAUGACCAAAUUGUUCUUAACGGUCACGGAAUCGCCUUUUUCCGAUCUAGUGCCCGACUACGUGCAGGCGCAAAGAGUGGGCGAAGGUAAGCAGGCACCUGGAGAAUGCUUCCCCUACUUCAAAGCCUGUCCAAAGAGCAUCUUCAAAGCGCUGGCCAGCAAAUACGCCAAGCCAUCCACAUCCUCGAGCCCCACCAAAGCGAAAAGGAGGACGACCACCGUUCGACCCACGGGAGAGUAUCACGAACAGCAGGCACUACAGCUGCCUGCCAGUCGGGACAGCAAUAAUGAUGUCUAUAUGUAG